AUGUUCAAGAAAAAUAAAAUUAGUAAAACUCAAAUUAAUAAAUCAGCGAACUUACCCAUAUCAAAUAUACCAGUUUGUAGUAAUGAAUCGAAAAUAAUCAAUCACAGAAAUUGUGUACCUGAUGGAACUCCUCUGUCUGUUGCAUCAUUUCAACCAAAUGCAAAGCCAUUUAUAACCAGUUCAUCAUUUAUUCCUACUAGUUCCACAUCGUCCUCUUCAUUGUAUAUGGAAAACUUGUCAGUAAAAAUUUGGGAAUUAUAUAGUAGCACAAGACAAAGUCCUUUAAAAUAUGAAAAGAAAGUUCGUCUACUUAAUGCUUUACAUAUGGUUGUAUCAGGAGUGUUCGAAAAUGCUGGCCUGUAUAUUGUUGGCUCUUCAAUAAAUGGUUUCGGUUCAAAUCAAAGUGAUAUGGAUAUGUGUUUACUUGUAACAUCACGCGAUUUACAUCAGAAAAGUGAAGCAACGUUUAUAUUAAGUCGACUUUUACAAUCAUUAAGAAAAUGUCGUUUCCUUUAUCAUUUCACCUUAAUUCGUGCUAAAGUUCCAAUUAUCAAAUUUUGUGAUAGAUAUACUGGUAUUGAUUGUGAUUUAAAUGUAAAUAAUGUAAAUGGGUUAUAUAAUACAUAUUUACUAGCUAUGUAUGCAAAAAUUGAUUGGCGUGUUAGACCAUUGGGAGUUUUCAUUAAACAUUGGGCUCAAUGUUUGGAUAUUCAUGAUGCUCAACGUGGUCGUCUAUCCACCUAUUGUUUACUUCUAAUGCUUAUUCAUUAUCUUCAACCGCUUGCAUCCCACCAGUUCUACCUAAUUUGCAAGAAAAGUUUCCAGUAUGUGUUUGUAUAUAAUUUGUUUAAUUACACCAUGGAACCAUAUGAAUUAGAUAUGAAUAUUGAACUUCCAUGGAAUGAAUUACAAUCAAAUAAUUCUAAUAGUUUAGCUGAAUUAUUUACUGGAUUUAUUUAUUAUUAUACAAAUCAAUUUGAUUUUAAUAAAUGGGCUAUUUCAAUUCGUCAUAAAACACCAUUUAUGAAACAUAUAGCUAUGAAACAUUUACCACCCUAUGAACAAGGUUAUAUUGUACGAAAUUGUAAAAUUUUCAUUGAAGAACCAUUCUCUCAAACAAAUGCUGCACGAUCAGUACAUUCUGAUAAUAUUGUAUCAUAUAUUAAACAAGCAUUUAUUAAAACAAAUGAAAUUCUCUCUGAUCAAUAUCCUUUGGAAUCAAUUAUGAAUAUAAGAAACAAUUGA